GGCACAGCACUUCAGCUAAAAGUUACCCUGUUCAAGCUCAAGCAUGGAGUCUUUUCUCAAGUCCCCAAUGAAACUUGUGUUGUUCGUGGCAUGGCUUUCCAGUGUACUGGAUCCAGGAAAAUUUUCUGACAUUUGCAAAAAAUGUCAUGAAAAUGCAACAUGCAAACACCAAAAUGGAUCAACUGGCUGUUUCUGCAACAAUGGAUAUACUGGUGAUGGAGUACGUGAUUGUGCAGAUGAUGAUGAAUGUGUAAAUGUCACACAAAUCUGUGGCAAAUAUGCUAACUGUACGAACACCCAAGGCAGCUAUUUCUGCACGUGUCAAUCAGGAUUCAGAUCCACUGGGCUUCCAGAGUUUCAAACCAAUGAUGGUACCCACUGUGCUGACAUUGAUGAAUGUACGAAUGUCCAGACCUGCGGACCAUUUUCUCGUUGCCAUAACACUCUGGGAUCGCAUUAUUGUACUUGCCAAAGGGAUUAUGCCCCUAUAUCACAAACUCUACGAUUUCAAUUAAAGGAUGGUAUUAAAUGUGAUGAGAGUCCUAAGAAGAAAUGUCAUACUAAUGACACAUGUAUCUCAAAGACUGUCAACCAAACACUUGAAUAUAUCAGCAAUAUUGCAGACCCUCACAGUCGCCUGGACGAGAUAAUAAAACAAACUUCUGGGGACCUUUCACCUGUGGAUGUGAUUUCAUAUGUUGAGGCCCUGUCUCAAUCAACCUCUUUACUAAGUGCCUUGAAUGACACUGAUCACGUGGAAUCUAUUACCAACAUUACCAUUACUGGAUUCAUGCAAGCAGUCAACAAUCUUGUGGAAAAUGAUGAACUUCAGGCAUGGGAUAAGAUCAGGGAGGAUGAUCGGGAAAAGACCAUUACCAAGCUUCUGCACACAGUGGAGGAGGCAACACUGAAUAUUUCAAAACAUUUUAAAACAACUACUGAGGUUGAUGUAAAAACAAGUGACAUAGCCCUGAAAUUAUAUGCUUUUGACACUCACCAUACAAAGACAGGAAAUGUUCAUGCUACAAUGGGAGGAGAUAUCAUUAAUCUCAUCCCUAAAAUAAACAAACAAUCCAGUAUAAAUGGGAGCGUCUCCAUCGUUUUCCUCAGGUACAGCAGCAUUGGUACCCUCUUGAAAUCAAGUGACUCAACAGGAGCAACCGAGUACAACCAGUUUGCUGGAGCAGACUUCACUGUGAAAUCUCAAGUUGUAGCAGCUGCUAUAAAUCCACCACACAUCUAUGAGCUUGACCAAAUAGAAUUUACCCUGAAACACACUGAGCCUAUAGACCCUGAAAUUGAUGUCACAAAAUGUGCUUUCUGGCAAUACUCUCCAGCUACGAUGAAUGGUUUCUGGGCCACAGAGGGUUGUGAGCGCCUUCGUGGGAACAGCACCCACACCGCAUGCAGCUGCAAUCAUCUAACGCACUUUGCUAUCCUGAUGUCUUCUGGACGGCAAAAUCUGGCGGCCCACUCCAACAUCCUUACGAGAAUAACUCAGCUGGGAAUGAUCAUAUCUAUUAUCUGCCUUUCCAUGUGUAUCUUUACCUUCUGGUUCUUCAGUGAGAUACAGAGCACCAGAACCACCAUUCAUAAAAACCUCUGCUGCAGUCUUUUCAUGGCUGAGUUCAUCUUUCUGGUUGGAAUUAAUAUGAGCUCAAACAAGCUUUUCUGUUCCAUCAUUGCCGGGCUACUGCACUAUUUCUUUUUAGCAGCUUUUGCAUGGAUGUGCAUUGAAGGGAUCCAUCUCUAUCUGAUAGUGGUUGGUGUUAUCUACAACAAAGGUUUCCUGCAUCGCAACUUUUACAUUUUUGGUUAUGGGAGCCCAGCAGUGGUAGUUGCAAUCUCUGCAACUCUUGGUUACAAAUACUAUGGUACCAGUAAAGAGUGUUGGUUAAGUACAGAGAACAAUUUUAUAUGGAGUUUCAUUGGACCUGCUUGUUUAAUUAUUCUGGUAAAUCUGUUAGCUUUUGGGGUGAUCAUUUAUAAGGUCUUCCGUCAUACAGCAGUAAAGAAGCCUGAAAUCAGUCACUAUGAAAAUAUACGGUCUUGUGCCCGAGGUGCCCUUGCCCUUCUGUUCGUCCUCGGUGCCACCUGGACCUUUGGGAUCCUUCACAUCCUGAAGGAGACCACGCUCACAGCCUAUCUCUUCACAAUCUCCAAUGCAUUCCAAGGGAUGUUCAUCUUCAUCUUCCUCUGUGUCUUAUCCAGAAAGAUUCAAGAGGAGUACUACAGACUGUUCAAAAAUGUGCCUUGCUGCUUUGAGUGCCUGAGAUAAACCCAACAGGACCACCAGAUUAUUAUCUGUCAUCCAUACUUAUCCAUACAAAUAACGUCCCAUACCAAGACGUGGCUAAGCUCUCUGCAUAACAAACUGCUAAGCCUAGAGGCUGUCAAAAAUGGAAAAAAUAACGUUCAUUAUAUAGCAAAGAUCUUGUUAAAUAUUUUGUUAAGAUGUCUUGAGAUUUUUAUAUAAGUUAAUAUAAAUGAAAUAUAUAGACUAUGAAUGUUAUAUUAAGCCACUACAAAUAAGAAUUGUGUUAAACUAUGAAUAUUUUGGUUGAACAUUAUCAUAAAUAUACUAUGUCUUUUUUUGUCCUGUAGGAUAUGCACUUAAUUUCACUAUGCUGUCACAGUAAAUCACUGAACUAGCCUAAUUAAUUCCAAGUUACCAUUUUAGUUUAGUUUUAUAAUGGAUUUUCUUUUGAGAUUUCAGUGUAAUAAGUUAUCUUUAACAUUCUAAACGUGUCCAGACGCUAUGAAGUAUUUAUAUGAAGAGAAAGUGACUUAAUUCAGUGAUUAUUGAAUAUACUCUUGGAUUUUUCUUAAGGGAGGGUAGUUUAAAUAUUAUUCAAACAAUGCCUGGAGAAGGUCAUUUUUGACAAUGAUUUCUCACAGAAAAUAAUUUUCUGUUUGUGGUAGCUAUUUUCCGGCAUUUCUUGUAACUAACAUUUAACUUUCUGACAAAUACGAUGGUUUACUUUCAGUAAGUCUAGAAAAGCAAAAAUAUCAGCAAGCAUAAUAUACUGUUUCAUUUUUCACAAAUUAAUUUCUAAAUUAACAAUGAAUGCAGACCUCUUAUAUAAUAUAAUUUAGAACCAUAUUUGCAUAAACAUUCUCUGCAUUCUUCAUGAGAUUUUUGUAAAUUAGGUAGUUUCACAGUUGUCUGCUCAAUAAAAAAAAAAAUGUUUUGAAUUUUGAGUGAAUAUUGUAUUUGAGUGACUUUAAGUACCUAGGAUGAAUGAGUAUGAUAACGGUGAAUAUUUCUAAGCAUCGUAAAUGAAUCAGGAUCCUAAUAUGCACUUGAUUGUAUGUGAAUAAAAAAAAAGGUUCAAUGACUGAAUCUGUUAUAAUACUUUUUUUUAGACAAUGCAUGACCUUUUAACAAGGCAAUUACACUGUAAAGGCUGUCAGUUAUAUAAUAAAAUACAGGCAACUGGGUUUACUGCAUAAAUACGUACAUUACUUUUCGCCCUUUUGGUAUUUUGCAGACUUUCACCAUAAAUUCACAGACAGUUUGCAGUGCAGGUUACCCAGCCCCAGUUCUAGACUGCUCACGUUGUUUACUCACUCAUUUGAUGCUUUCAAUGUACGAAUCUGACAGCUAUUUCACAUUAUUAAAAAUAGACACUUGACAACAACAUUCACAGUUUCCCAGCAAUGUUUGCAUGUCAGAAAAGAGAGCAAAACCGAUUUCAAAUAAAUAAUACUGACUCACAAACAAUUGCAUUAAUAGUGGUGCAAUAGGCUAAAUUCUCUGCACAUAUCUGACAUGUUUGGAAGCUAUUGUAAAAAAAAAUUAAGUUAGUAGACUUAACCAUGAAGCUGAAAGAUAUCCGGCCCUAAUGCUACUUCAAAGUAGAAGUAGUAGUAAACAAUGUGUUUUUUCCUGCAAUAUUUGGAAUCCAAUUAUAGUUAUCUUAUAUAAAAACAAAUUAAAUGUAACUAUGAUUAACUUGCACUCUGUGAUUAAUGUGUACAAUGAACACAUGGUCAAACAUUUUUGUUUAUUUCUAGAAGAUUACAUGUACUGUAUAUGCAUGUGUUAAAGGUGAUCCCACAUGACUAUGAUAUAAACAUAUUUCACAGCUA